UGACUUUUAAAGGACAUACAUUAUGUAAACCUUCUCAGUUUAAGUUCCCCUUUAAAAGGAGAUACAUUCUUACAUUUAGUUGCGUAUCGAUGUGAACAUUGUUUUAAAAGUUAUAUUUAUAUUGUAAAAGGGAUACUAAACUAGCAAAGAAAAUGUCAAAGGAAACCGACAAAGAUGUUAAUGGCACGACGGCCAUGUUUGAAAUAGAUGAGGUCGACGAGAAAUCUGAGAUGCUUGUGGAACCAGAGAUAGAGAAUAAAGCUGAAAAAUAUCUUAUAUACGGAAUCAAUGAUUCCCCUCCGAUAUAUGUGACAAUUAUAUGUGCAUUACAGCAAUCGCUGUUAGCUCUGUCAGGUCAGCUGAUUACGUCGCUGUUAGUGGCGGAGGCCGUGUGCGCCUCGGACAACAAUGUGUUCAAAGCGAGGCUCCUCAGCUCGACGCUCUUCAUGAGUGGUGUAACUACAGUAGCUAUGAAUCUAUUCGGCAUUAGGCUACCAUUAUAUCAAGGAGCUUCAGCAUCAUAUAUUAUACCCCUGUUAUUAGUGGCAAACACAGACGGGAAUUUCUGUUCAGGAGACACAGUUCCAGAAAACCCGUUGUUUAACGCAACUGACAACACAACGUCACGGGAAUUUCCUAUGGAGAAAAUAAUAUCCAACGUCCAAGCGUUGCAAGGCAGUUUAAUGAUAGCAGGCCUGAUUCACGCACUUUUCGGCUUCACUGGAAUAGUUGGACUGCUGUUGAAAUUCGUUGGUCCACUCACAAUCGUUCCUGCAUUGGUGCUAAUAUUUAUAUUCCUUGUUCAACCGGUUUUGAAAUUCGUGGUAGUAAGCUGGGCAAUAUCCAUGUCCACGGUAGCUGUUGCAGUGGUAUUAUUUUUAUAUCUUGCUAAAUAUGACAUGCCAGUGCCAGUGUGGACUCCUUCCGGUGGAUACAGAAUUAUACGUUACCCGUUACAUCAAGUUUUUGCAAUUCUUAUUUCUAUCAUUAUCAACUGGGCGAUAUGUGGCAUAUUGACCAGAUUUGACGUCUUUCCUAAUGAUCCUAGCCAUACGAGUUAUAGGGCACGGACAGACGCACGUGCUGACGUCAUAGAUAACAAUCCGUGGUUCACUGUACCAUAUCCGGGUCAAUAUGGACCAUUCGGGUUCAGCGCUUCAGCAUUCCUGUCCUUCAUGAUAGCAACAUUCAUGUCCAUUCUUGACUCCAUUGGUGAUUACUACGCAUGCGCAAAGGUUACCCGCGUUCCAGCGCCACCAAAGCAUGCGGUAAACCGCGGAAUUCUGAUAGAGGGUAUAUGUUCCUUCCUGUCUGGGGCUGUAGGGUGUGGCCAUGCAACGUCAACUUAUGGUGGCAGCAUAGGAGCUAUUGGCGUCACAAAGGUGGCAAGUCGUAGAGUGUUGGUAUUUACUGGCAUUAUCUACAUAUUGUUCGGCAUAUUUGGCAAGUUUUCGGCUGUGUUCAUUACAAUACCCUACCCAGUACUCGGUGGAGCGAUAGUUGUUAUGUUCGGUAUAUUCUUUGGUGUUAUUCUCUCCAAUCUUGAGGUAACCAACAUGUCGUCACCUAGAAACAUGGCUAUCAUUGGUCUCUCUAUAUUCAUCGGACUAUCUGUUCCAACAUGGGCACAGAAAGAAGACUCGCCUAUUAAAACGGGUCACGAGCAGUUUGAUAGGAUAAUGUCAAUGUUGCUAGGCAACCCAAACCUGACUGGGACAAUCAUAGCCUGUUUCCUCGACAACACGGUUCCAGGUUCACUGGAAGACAGAGGAAUUGCAACAUGGCAGGUAUCUGAUGCGGACGAGGAUGCUGUGAUAGAUAUGUCUAGAUAUAACGAGGGCUACGAAGUUUACAACCCUCUUCUGCCUCAGAGAAUCAGGAGCCUCAAGAUCAUGAAAUAUAUACCAUUCCUGCCGCACACUCGAACAAAAUCUGUCGUAAAUGGUGUUUGAGCGUGGGCAAUGGCCGCACGUGGCCGACUUGCAUUCUGUAUCAUCCAGGCGUUUGAGUCUUACUUGUCACCAACAAAAUUUUCAAACUCAAACGUCUGUAUGAUGUAGAUUAGCUUUAAAAAGAAGAACAAUGUGACAAACAGAAGAUUCUAUACGAUCUACUUACUUGUUAAUCCACUUCUGCGUAGCAGGAAAGGAAUUAUAGGAAUGACCUCCGUCUGUCUGUUAGUCGGUCCGUCUGUCCGUCCAUAACACUGUCGUGUCCGCUCCAUAACUUUUAAACUCCUAAAAAAAAUAACUUGGCACAAGUGAUCACCAUAAUGAGACGAUGUGCAGAGCGCAAUAAUUGGGUUAAUACCCCCAAGGUCAAAGUCACUCUUAAAGGUCAAAUAUCAAAAAGUCUUCAUUUCUUAAUUAAAAGUCUACAGUUCGUGUCCGCUCCAAUUAUUUAACACUGACAUUUUUUUUAAUAACUUCACAUCUGAUCAUUGUAUAAAACGACGUGCAUAGGGCAAUAAUUUGGUUGCUACCCAAAAGGUCAAGGUCACACUUUAAGGUCAAAUGUUAAAAAGUCUACAUUUCAUGUCCGCUUCAUAACUUUUUAACCGCUGAUUUUUUUACAAAAAUAACUUGUCACAAUUGAUCACCAUUAUAAGAACAUGAGCAGAGUGCAAUAAUUGGGUUCUACCCCCAAAGUCAAUGUCAAAAGGUUAAAGGUCAAAUGUAUAAAAGUCUACAUUUCAUGUCCCCUCAAUAACUUUUAAACCUCUGAUUUUUAUGCCCCCGCCAUAUAAUGGCCGGGGCAUAAUUAUAGUGUUACCCUGUUCCGUCAUUCUGUCCUUCCGUCAUUCUGUCAUUCCGUCAUCAUUAGUUUCCGUUCAUUAUCUUAGUAACGGUUGCACACAUUCAACUCAAAUUUGAGAUAUGGAUAUGUCUUGAGAAAGGUCGAAUUUGGUCAUGGUUCGAUGAUUUUUGGCAGAGUUAUGCCCCUUUUACUUUGAAAAUAAUAUGAAAUUUUCAGUUUCCAUUCAUUAUCUCCCCAACAGUAUUACACAUUCAACUCAAACUUGACAUAUGGAUAUGUCAUGAAAAAAUACAGGUCAAGUUCGAAUUUGGUUAUGGUUUGAUGAUUUUUGGCAGAAUUAUGCCCCUUUUAUUACUUUGAAAAUAAUAUGAAAUUUUCAGUUUCCGUUCAUUAUCCC